UUCUGACAGUCCUGGAAGGCACCACAAGUCCAUCCUCCCCAUCAGCAGUCCGGUCAACAACAUUUCUCCUGGAGGACUCAGCAGCAAACUUCUCCGACUCUUUGCGGUUAAACUACCCCAACAUGGAUGCACUCAAGUCGGCCGGGAGAGCUAUCAUCAGGAGCCCGAGCAUGGCCAAACAGUCCUGGACCGCCGGCAGACACCGAAAGCUUCCAGAGAACUGGACCGACACACGGGAGACCAUCGUAGAGGGCAUGACCUUUAACCUCCGUCACCUCGGCUUGACAUUGGUGGACCAGCCCAAAGGGGAGGAGCUGUCUGCGGCUGCAGUGAAGAGGAUCGUGGCCACGGCUAAAGCCAGUGGAAAGAAGCCUCAGAAGGUUGCUCUCAAGGUUUCCCCGCAGGGAAUCGUCCUGUACGACAGCUUGACUGAUAAACUCCUGGAGAAUGUCUCCAUAUACAGAAUAUCCUACUGCACAGUGGACAAACUGCAUGAUAAAGUGUUUGCUUAUAUUGCUCAAAACACCCUCAACGGGACCCUGGAGUGCCACGCCUACCUCUGCUCCAAGAGGAAAGUGGCUCAGGCAGUGGCUUUGACAGUAGCCCAGGCCUUCACAGUAGCUUUUGAACUCUGGCAAGUUGCCAAAGAAGAGAAAGGGAAAAGAGUGAAGUCCGGUUCAGCUGGAGAGGCCAGCAGCAGUUCCCAUUCAGAGAGGUCCAACAGUUUGGGGAGUCUGAAAGGGACAGAAGAUGUUGCCACAGACAACCUGUUGGACUUUGAGGACAGUGUGAAUGUGGUCGUGGAGACCAAUGGGAACAUUGAGGAGGAUCAGCUGGAUAACCACCGGCCCUCUGAGACCAACAAUAACCCAGCCUGGGAAAUAGAAGAUGGUUUGGAUGAAGCUUUCUCCAGACUGGCAGUGUCGCGUACUAACCCCCAGGUCCUGGACAUUGGGGUGACGCCCCAAGACUGGCUCACUGAACCAGACUGGGACAGCACCAAUGGAAACACUCCCAACAGUCUCAGUCCGUUCGGGGACGAUAUCUUCGGCUUCUGACCACCACAACACAGCAGAGAGAGAGGCGGCAACCGAGGGGAGGAGGGGUGUCCUCACGUCUUCCUGUGAAUUAACGAGACAUCAGUGUGUAUUUAAGAUGAGGCUACAGUGAGUCCAUAAGGGAAUAAGUGUAGAGCUCUGAGCUCAUGUUUGGCCUCCUCAUCUUGAUGUUGCACUCUUCACACGGACACUUCUUCCCUUGUUUGUGGAACCAGCGCGGGCUGCUGCCCCUGCACACCAAAGCAAUAACCUCCCCCCUGCAUCUGUCCUGUUAUCACACCGCAAACACCCUCACACUCGUCAUGUUCACUGAGUCAACUCAUGUCAGUGUUCUUUUCGUCCUUUGUUUGUUUACGUUUUGUUCUAUUUCUGUAGUUUCAGCACGGUAAUCAGUGUUUUGUAUAUGUGUUUAGCUAUAAUUUAUAGAUUUAUAAUUAUUUUUUUAUGGAUGACAGGAUUAAAUUUAGACGGAUGUAUCAACAGGCCUUAAUAACACGCGGGACAAUCAGCCACACGAUACAAGUUUCAGUGGAUGAAGUUCAUGUGAAAAUUUGGCUUCCUGCCAUGUUGGAUGUGAACUGAAGAUUGUUUUAUGUCCUGAAUAUGAAAAUCAAUGUAGUUGUAUUUAUAUGAACUCUUUGCCGCAGUGGCUCAUUCCAGAUGUUGUUACAGGCGGUUCUUUCUCACCGCAGUGUAACAGCGUUCUCAGAUUCCACUGUGGCCAUUACAUGUACAUUAUAAUAUACCAGCAUUAUGCAGAAUUAAAAUAUAUUCAUGUAUUUGAAAUUGAA